CAUGGCUUGUAUCCGAGGGUCGAAUUGUGUUUGUCAAAAAUAGUUACACGUGACAAAAGAUAGCAUGGCUCGAGCCAGAAAUUGAUUUCCUCGAGAUUCUUCCACCUAAGCUUUCUGAGUUGGCAUUUCCAAAUUAAAAGAAAACAAAUAAUCAACAAAUUUCUUUCAUCCCAGAUUUCCCUCCACACAUUCAAUCCUCACCUUAUCUCCCAAAAUCUGUCCUAUUCCUCGAUUCCGUUCCCAAAAUAAACUCUGCAAAAUGAUUUCAAUUUGCAAUUCUUACCCUCCAAUCCACCACCAUCACGGCCACCGGCGAAGAUGGCCUCCAAAUUGGGUUUCACCAUAACCUCUUCUCGUUUCUUCACUGCUCCUUUUCGAAGACCUUCUGUUGGGUUGUCUUUGUCUGGUUCUAAUCGGUUCGCUGCGUCGAAAGUUCACUCUAUCCAGUUGAUCCGAAGGGAGCUUGUGAGUCGAAGGCGAUUGAUUAUUAUUUCCCCAAAGGCGACAACUGAUCAACCAGGUCAAGUUAAAGAAGAUGAAGUUGUCGAUAGCAACAUAAUGCCUUAUUGCAGCUUAGAUAAACAACAGAAGAAGACAAUAGGAGAAAUGGAACAAGAAUUUCUCCAAGCAUUACAAUCAUUCUAUUACGAAGGAAAAGCCAUCAUGUCAAAUGAGGAAUUCGAUAACCUCAAGGAAGAACUAAUGUGGGAAGGAAGCAGUGUUGUAAUGCUAAGCUCUGAUGAACAGAAGUUUCUAGAGGCUUCAAUGGCUUAUGUAUCUGGUAACCCCAUAAUGACAGAUAAAGAGUAUGACCAAUUAAAGAUGCAAUUAAAGAAAGAUGGAAGUGACAUAGUGGCUGAAGGUCCAAGAUGCAGUCUUCGUAGUCGAAAAGUUUACAGUGAUCUUUCAGUUGAUUAUCUCAAAAUGUUCCUCAUAAAUGUCCCAGCUGCUGUUGUUGCAUUAGGAUUAUUCUUCUUCCUGGAUGACAUCACUGGUUUUGAAAUCACAUACCUUUUGGAGCUUCCAGAGCCAUUUAGUUUCAUCUUCACAUGGUUUGCUGCUCUUCCCUUGAUAUUAUGGCUAUCCUUCACACUUACCAAUGUCAUUGUCAGAGACUUUUUGAUCUUGAAGGGUCUUUGUCCAAAUUGUGGUACUGAAAACACUUCAUUUUUUGGAACUAUAUUAUCGAUUUCCAGUGGGGGGACCACAAACACAGUCAAAUGCACAAACUGUCAAACCCCACUUGUGUUUGAUCAAGAUACUCGUUUGAUAACAUUGCCUGAAGGAAGUGAAGCUUGAGUUGAGGUAAUUUAUGUUUCAAGGAAGAUGCUAUUGUAAAUGUAACUAGGUUUUUUUAGGAAGUGUUGCAUAAGCGUGGAUUCGCGUUGAAUGAUAGUUGAUGUAUGUUCAUGUGUAUAACAUGGUAACAUGGAUUAUAUAUAUGUUCAUAUAUGUAUAUUUGAUAUUGGGUGAUGACUCUGUUUGUUAAAAAAAGCAGAGUGUUCAAGUUUAAGUAAUAACAUCCCAUUUUAUAAAAGAUGUAUUUAGCUGUAAAAAUCAUGUUUAUUUGUUGGAUGCAAAUUAAUGCCAAUGGUUGAGUUCAUGACACAAGAUGUUACAAGCUUGGGGAAAUUUGAUUGUUGAGUUUGAGAAUUUCAAACAAAAUAUAACAUAUAUUCUAUAAAAGAUAUGAUUGCCUUGUUGGAGAAACCUUUAGGAAAUGUAUCAUUCGAGAGAAAUUUCAUGGGUGAUCAUGUAAUGUUUGUAUCAUCAACCUCGGACCUCGGUUGUUGAAGCAAUUUGUAUGAAUUUUAUUGGG